UAGAAGUAAAAGUACAAUUCAAGAAAAAGGAAAGUACAGUGCUUACCCACAUUUUGACUCUAGAAACUUCAUCUUCUCUCUAUUUUGCACAUAGUUUUCUCUGUUAAAUUUUUACAAUCUAAAAUUAAUAUUAGUGAUUAUGCAUUCUAAGUUUGUUUGUUGAUGAGAUAUGGAGGAUGUUGAUUUUUUUUUCUAGUAAUUUAAGCAUGUCAAUUUUUGGGCAGUCAUUGAGGUAUGUAUAAUUAUGGGUUUUCCAGCAGAGUUUUGACAAUUAGGAUAAAAAUAAGGUUAAAACAGCAUAGUUUACUCCUACAUUAAGGCAGUAGUUUAUAUUUGUGUAUUUCAGUCAAUAUAGUCUUAGCAAGAUCGUCGAUAUUUUAUUCGAGGAAACAUGUAUAUUUUUGUAUUUGAUACAUGAGGUAAAUUAUUUGAUCUAUUUUGCAUGUCGAUGUACUACAAAAAUAAAGAAAGAAAAUGAAGUUCAUGAUUUUUUUAUUUUUUUUUUGUAAUAUCUAUUUUGAAAAAUUAUUUUUCAUGGUUUUAUUUUUCAUGGUUUUAUUUUUCAUAAAUAAAUUAUUGAUUAUAUGCUUAAUAUUUAUUGUUGAAUUUCGUGAGCAUAUUAGAGCUUGUGUAUCCUAUUAAUAAUUAUUGAUUAUUUAAUCUGAAGCUUGUAGGUUUUGAUGAGAGUUACAACUUGUUUAUGAGUUAAUUUGAGCUGAAAUUUGGGUUGUUAAUUGUAUUUUUUAAACUUGAUUUGGUUGUGUGGUUAAGGUGUUUCUCAGAAAGUCAGAAUCUUGAUUAACUGACUGUUUUUUUGUAUCAUAUGUUAAGUAACGUAUUUUUGACUUCUCAGGGUACAAAACUUGAAAGUUUAGAGAUCAAGCAUUUUGUUCUUGUCCAUGGAGGCAGUUUUGGUGCGUGGUGUUGGUACGAAACUACAACUCUACUCAAAGAAACAGGAUAUCAAGUUGAUGCCGUAGAUUUAACUGGCUCUGGUGCUCAUUAUUUUGACUUCAACAAUAUUAUCACAUUCUCCAAAUACGUAAAACCACUCACUAAUUUUAUUGAAAAUCUACCUGAUGGCAGAAAGGUCAUCUUGGUUGGCCACGAUAUUGGAGGCAAUUGUGUCUCUUAAGAAAUGAAGCUGCAUCGAUCAAAAGUCUCUAAAGUUUUUGUAUGCAAAUGGCAAGAAUCAUCCUCCCACUGCAAUUGACUAUGACAAAUCAUUGUUGAAAGAUGUAAUGUUCAUUGAAACCACUGCUAAGGAACUAUGGCAUUGGAAAAGGUGUCCAUCAUUCAUGGCUGCCAUAAUGGAUAUGAAACAUGAUCUUAGUAGCCGAAUGGAGAGAAUGGAAAAAAAUAAUGGACCGAGUGGAAGGAAGAAUGGAAGGGACGGAAAGCUCUCUGUGCAAGGAAUUGGAUAACUUGAUAGAGAAUCCAAGCCUUCCUAAUCAAGUUCCUGUGAGUGGACAUGCUACACAUGAGUUACAAGGUAGUCAAACUAACUCUUGUACUCUAGGGAAUGAGGCUAGUAGCCAACUAAGUGUGAAUGAUAGUUUGUCUUUAGGUGAGCCAAAUGUGCCUCCAUUUGGUGAUGAUAAUGUACAACUUGAGAUUGUGGAUACACUAGUUGAUCCAUCUAGUGUUGAGGCCAUUGUGGCAAGUGAUAGUACAUUGUCUUAUGGAAGUCAUGAAGACCAACUUGCGUGUGAAAAUAGUGAUGUUGAACAUGUUGGCCAAUUGACUAUGGAUGACCCUCUAGUUGUUUUUGUUGUAGACCAUGCUAGUAUAGAGGGGAUAUAUGAUUGUACUAAUGGUAGUAUUGGGAAAAGGAAAGGCAUCCUAAACCCAUGUCCAUGGACACUCCACCCAUUUGAUCCUGGUGAUCAUUUGAAGUAUAGUGAUGAAGAUGUCUUUUGGAAUGACUUGAAUGUGCAUGGGAUUUAUGGCCUUCCUAUCUCGUUUUUCAAGCCUACUUGUUGUUCCAAGAAAAGUCUAUGUUUUCCACUUGAUGAGCAACUCUUGUUCCUUGUUUCUUGUCACACUUAUGUGGAUAGACUAGUUGACUCUUUCUUGGGAGGGUAUUCGGGUAAGAGGGAGUUUGGGUGUAUGUGA